AGUUGACUGUAGACAUUCCUGUUUCAUCUAUCCUCCUGUUCAAUGGCUACUCGAGUACUGUGUAUAGCCCAGCCCAAGCUGCGCUCCGCUACGGCCAACGUCCUCACCUGUGAGGCUGCUCCUAAGAAGCAGUGGCUCCUAUGGCGAAAGGGUCUAAGUUUGUGGUGACACUGGACCAAACUCUACUUUACCCUGAGGGGGGCGGCCAGCCCUCUGAUACCGGCCGUAUAGGCAACGCUAAGGUCCUUUAUGUAAAUAAGAACUCUGAGGGAGAGGUUUAUCAUUAUGUGGAUAGUAAGGUAGAAGUGGGGUCCGAGGUGGCGGUCACCCUAGACUGGGACCGACGUUGGGACAACACCCAACAGCACUCGGGUCAGCAUCUCAUCAGUGCCCUCUGCGAGCAUGCCGAGAUUUUCCCCGAGUUCGGCAAAACCGAUUCGUGGGAGUUCGGCAACGAGAGUUGCUCUGUCGAUAUUGGUCCUUGCAACCUGGACCUUAUCCCGCAAGGAGAAACUUUGGAGUCCCGAGUGAAGGCUCUGGAGAAGGCAUGCAACCAGGCCAUUCGGGAGCACCGUACGGUUUUCAACCGCCAAAUGAAACGCAGCGAGCUCGAGGACGAGAAUGGCAAUAGAGACCCAAUGCUCCGCUCCGCCCUGCCCAAGAAGGUGAAGGGCGACGUUUUUAGAAUAGUUGAGAUCGACGGCAUUGAGAAGAAUGCGUGUGGAGGAACUCAUGUUGAGAACCUUUCCGAGCUGCAGUGUGUGAAGAUCAUAGGUCACUCACUGAAGGCGUCCACGCAGAUCGUCACUUUCACUUUCCUCAUCGGCCAGAGAGUCUUAGACCGUCUCGAGGAAUGCUCCAAUCGAGAGGCUGCUAUGGUCAAUGACUUGAGCUGCAAGAGGGAGAAGCUCCCCGAAUUAGUUCAACAACGUUUGCAGCAGCUCACUGUUGCCAAUCGACAGGUGAAAGCUCUCACGGACGAACUUGUCCAGUUCCUAGCGUCCGACCUGCUCGAGAAGGCUUCCGGUCGGCCCGUUGUUGGUGCCUUUAGAGACUGCGAAUCACCCUUCUUGCAUCUACUUGAGAAGGCUUUGUCAGAGAAGAUAAAGGAGAUGGAGGGAGCCCCGAAGGCCAUACUCCUGUGUUGCCCAACCGCCUUCCUCUUGUCGGACUGUCAAGAAGGUUAUCCGCUUUUGGCGAACAAGGAGAUGCUCAGCUCGUUACUCGAGGAGUUUGGUGCAAAGGGAGCUGGCGGAAAGAAACCCGUCUGGCAGGGCAAGUCCAUGACUGGCAUCAAGGAGCGCAACUUCAAGAAGGCCGUGGGCAUCAUCGAGGAGGCCGUUGCUGCUUGAGGUCUGUAAAUGAUUCUAUCGUUCCUCUAAUUGUUUUCAAUUGUCCAUACUUGAGGCGGCGGCGUUGCG